AUGGCACCGAAGCCAGGCAAAAAGUCUCCGAAAACAGUGCACCAAAAGCCCAGGGCACCCAAAAAACCUGGAGCACGUCAACAGCCUCAAGGGCUCAACAGAAUGCUUCCAACACAUAAAAUUAUAGUCGGUAUUGACUAUGGAACCACAUUUACAGGAGCCAGCUAUGUAAGCACCACGAGCAGUGAUAUAAAGGAUAUCAUUGUCAUUGGAACAUGGCCAGGCCCGUCGAGGGACACUGAAACGGUGUUCAAGACACCUUCACGUAUCGCCUACCAAUUUGAAGACAUACGAAGCAAUAGCAUUCGAUGGGGGUUUCAAGUUGAGCCUGGCAUGACUUCCUUCUCUUGGACAAAGUUGCUCUUGGAUCAAAAUACGGCCCUUGGGGUGUUUGACGACAAUAACCUUGAAAAUGCCUCCAAAUUGGGUAUUUUGCAACUCCCUCAUGGCAAAACGGCAGUGGAUGUCGUAGCAGACUUCCUCACAGAGGUUCGGGCGCAUGUCUUUAAAAUGAUUGAAAAGCAGGUCACGAAGGAGACGCUUCGAAUCACCCCGAUUGAGUAUUGGUUUACAGUGCCGGCGAUUUGGUCGGACCAAGCAAAAGCGCAGACAAAGACUGCCGCCCAACGUGCCGGUUUCGUCUAUAACAUUGAACGGCCUAGCGACCAAAUGUUCAUGGUCACGGAACCAGAAGCCGCAGCCAUUGCGGCUUUGAAGAAAACAGCCACAGAUGGCCUUGGAGCUUCCGUCCAGCCAGGUGAUGGAGUUUUGGUAUGUGAUUGCGGUGGUGGUACAGUGGAUAUAACGACAUACUUAAUCAACAAAGUCGAUCCGGUUUUGUCUUUUGAAGAACUUUGCACUGGUAUCGGCGGCAAAUGCGGGUCGACGGCUAUAGACAGAAAUCUGUACAGUCUAAUGUCUCGGCGUUUUGGAAAGGCCUUUAACAUGCUUCCUUCUAAGAAGAAAGGCCCAGGAAGCGAGUUCAUGAGGAAAUUCGAAAUGAUCAAAAAGGAUUUUGGCUACAACAUGGAAGAAGACAGAAUCCACGAGUUGCCCCUUAACAUGAUAGCCAACGAGGUGAAGUCCGAAUAUUUUGACGCUGAAGAACGCCUUGUCAUGCUUUCAAGCAACGACAUCCGACAACUUUUUGACCCAGUCGUGAACCGGAUUAUCGGGCUUGUUCGCAAACAAAUAGAAGACGCUGAGGACGCAGAAAGUGGUAUAAUUAACCGAAUAAUUCUUGUUGGUGGAUUUGGCGAUUCUGAGUACCUCCGAAAGAGUAUGGAAACAGCAUUCUUUGGUACCACGAUUACUGUCCCAGACAACCCACAAACUGCAAUUGUCAAGGGAGCAGCGCUUCGAGGUCUUUGGGGGCUCCAGGCAACAACUAAAAGAUGUCGUCGCCAUUAUGGGUUUGACUGGAGUAUUAACUUUCGGGACGGUAUCGAUAAUGAACGAGAUGCUUACAUUCACGAGUUCACGGGGAAAAAGGUAGUGGGUGGGAUCAUGAAAUGGAUGAUUGCCAAGGGAGAGAAAUACACCGAAAACCAUACACAAGUCGUUGAAUACGCUCAGACACAUUAUUCCGGCAGUUCAAUGAUAAAGAAAUUUGUGCUUUACUCGUGCGAUUUAAAAGAAGCACCUGAACGAGUUAAACACACGGGUAUGCAUAAUUCUUUCCACUUCAUUCACCGAACGCCUCCUGACCCAACUUGCCAUGCAGGUAUCAAAAAGGUCGGCACAAUAUGUGUGGACGUCACGGACAUUGACUUCAAUCUUUUCGAGAAGAAAUUAAUCAAUGGUGUGAUUUCAUACCGAAUUAAAUUCUCAGUGAAAGUCGUAUUCGAAGCCCAAGAUGGGGCGUUGAAGUUUGAAACCACCUCACAGGAUAAGGUUGUUGGGAAGACUACCAUCGACUUCACAUCCACCAAGUACUAUUGA